UGAGGGCCUUGGAACGGGAGGGUGAGUGCCGUUGAGCGCACGCUCAGAGCAGACCGCUAGCAGGAGGCAGGAUGUGAUUAAGACCCUGGAAGCUGACGGCCAGAGGGAGGGAGAGGUGGUCACAGAGGAGAGGUAAAGCAACCGGAGGUGGAGGAUCCUGGAGGUGACUGCAAGGAGAGUACGCAGUGGCGAGGGGCUGCAGAAGCGGACCCAGCGAUUUCUGCGCCGACGCGGUGCAGGCAGGAGAGAGGAAGAGAGGGGAGCGCGGUGGCGCUGCGGGCUGGCCCCGCCGGGGAGGGGGCUGCCAUGUCCCGUGAGCGGCCCCCGGGCACCGACAUUCCCCGCAACCUGAGCUUUAUUGCCGCGCUAACGGAGCGCGCCUACUACCGUAGCCAGCGGCCCAGCCUCGAGGAGGAGCCAGAGGAGGAGCCAGGCGAGGGCGGGACGCGGUUCGGGGCACGAUCCCGCGCUCAUGCACCUAGUCGGGGCCGCCGGGCCCGCUCAGCACCAGCCGGAGGCGGCGGGGCUCGGGCGCCCCGCAGCCGUAGCCCAGACACCCGCAAGAGAGUGCGUUUCGCCGACGCACUGGGGUUGGAGCUGGCUGCUGUGCGCCGCUUCCGUCCCGGUGAGCUGCCCCGGGUGCCCCGCCACGUGCAGAUCCAACUGCAGAGGGACGCCCUCCGCCACUUCGCGCCCUGCCAGCCCCGCGCCCGCGGCCUCCAGGAGGCGCGCGCCGCCCUGGAGCCGGCCAGCGAGCCCGGCUUCGCCGCCCGCUUGCAGGCGCAGCGCAUCUGCCUGGAACGCGCGGAGGCGGGCCCGAUGGGCGUGGCCGGGAGCGCGCGCGUGCUGGACCUGGCCUACGAGAAGCGCGUGAGCGUGCGCUGGAGUGCGGACGGCUGGCGGAGCCAACGCGAGGCGCCCGCCGCCUACGCCGGCCCCGCCCCGCCUCCGCCGCGCGCCGACCGCUUCGCCUUCCGCCUGCCCGCGCCGCCGAUUGGGGGCGCCCUGCUCUUCGCUUUGCGCUACCGUGUGACAGGUCACGAGUUCUGGGACAACAACGGCGGCCGUGACUAUGCUCUACGUGGGCCCGAGCACCCGGGCAGUGGCGGAGCCCCGGAGCCCCAGGGCUGGAUCCACUUUAUCUGAGACGAGGCGCCUGUGGCCGACGGCUGAAAACACCAAAGGCACCCGGGGGCGGGGGGACCCGAUGUGGCGGGGAGGAAUAGGAGAGACCAGGAUUGGCGGGGAGCAGUCCAAGGGAGUCAAGCCGGGGAGGGCGAGAAGGGCGGGGAGGCCGGGGGAGUGGGCGGAACCAGCGAAGCUCGGGGAGGUCCGGGUGUUAAAAGCUGGUUGGAUGUGAGUGAAAGGGACCCAGACUGUAGGAGGAAGCAGACCCGCAACGGCACCAGAGGGAUUAGAAAAAAAGGAAAAGAAUGGGGAUGAUGGUGGCUUUCCCUUCAGUGAGUGGGCACUGGGAGAAAGGUAGGAGGUCCAUCAGGCCUAGGCAGUUGAAGAAGGUUAAGAACCUUUCGGAGACGGAGGAGGUAUGAUGUGAAGUAGCCCACCCAGUCGAAGUCUUUUAGAUUGCUGGCGCAUUCCCUCUUCUUACCCACCUUUUCCACCUCAGAUCCCCCGUCCUACCCAUCCUAGCUUUAACUCAGCCAUAAUUGCCUUGCUUAAUCCCAGGAACCUGGCCACUGCUCCUUGGUCCUUGGCAUUAGGACGGGAUUCCCUUGUCACCUCUGACAGUUCCUGGCUGCGGUGUCCGCGGACUGGCUGGGGAGUGAUGACAGGUAGCCAUCAGAGCUCCAGCCUCCAGGCAGCUUUAGGGAUUAAAAUGGAGGCCAAAGCAACUCCAGACCUGUUUUUGUAGCCAAAUACUGUGGUGCCUCAGGGGUUGUACACUCAGGGGCUUCCAGGAAAAUGCCAACCUUACCUUUCUGGAGUGCCUUUUAAUAACCUCCAAGCACUUUAUGGACUGUUUGUCGAGGGACAGUGAAUCAGGAGAAUGACUAUUCUGAUUUCCUUUGUCUCCGAAAAGGAAUUCCCUGACUAGCUAUAUAACUCUGGGCAAGUUACUUCACCUCUUUGUGCCCCAGUUUUUUCCUUGGAAAACUGGAUUUAGGUUAGAUGAUCUUUUAAGGCUCCUUGUAUGAUAUUUUGUGAUCUGUACAUGGCAGAGUAUAGAUUAGAAGCCACAUUUUGCAACCUAGUGCUAUGGUUCAGAAUACAUAGUACCCCAAGCGUCUGGCUGGGGCCGAGGAUGGGUCCUCCAGUUCUUGACACAGAUGUUCCAGAGCCCACGAAGCAUCCCAUAACCAACCAUCAGCCCAUCAUCUGCUCCAUUUUGCUCUUGCCCUCACAGACUUUCAGCCUCCAUGCUCUGAGACAACUGUGGAUAGGUACAUCUCUUUUGGUGAAAAUGAUGCUUGAGAACCCAAAAUUUAAAGGAAACAAUGUUAGGGGCUUUUGUGGGGAUAAAAGAUAAUGGUUAUGUGGAAUAGAAACAUUUCAAAUGAAGAAUCAAAACAUUUCAAUCAAUCCACUUGGUUGUAAAAAAACAAACAAAUAAAGCACCUAAGCAACUUGAAUAGUAAAUGGCACCAGAAGAUGGCAGUCUGCUCCAUAACCAGAGCAAGUGCAGUGGGAAAGCUGGACUCUCAUAGCCACUCACAUUCAUGCCUUAUGUCUCUCCUCCUGGUUAACCUUAAGAGGGGAGUGAUUCCUCUGCUGGUUGCUGUUUUUCCUUUUCUCUUACCCUAUUCCUAACCUCUUUGCUUCUCUCUUUCUUUCCUUGUGUCUCUCCCUUCUCAUCACUUUUUUUCUUUUAACAUACAGGGCAUUUACCUUCAUUUUGUCUAUUUCCAUUUGUUUCCUUCUUCAUUCUUGUUCAUAUCUGCUAUUCCUUCUCACUCCAGAAGGGAUGGAAACCCUAUUUUCUUUUCUCCAAGACCGUGGUUGGUCUACUUUCCUCACUCGGGCUCCUUGACAGUCUUCUAGAAGAGAGAAGGAGGAAAAGAAGCAGUUUCUGAUGUUACAAAUGAACAAGGAUCUCCCAGGUAACCAACUCUCCACACCCAUUUCUGUUACUAAUUUUUCAAAGAGAAAUUUCUGGUUCCCCUUCUUCCUUAUCACUGAGUGAAGGGGGACGGGCAUGCACAUGUGCCCAUACAUGCAUUCAGAAUAGAGUGUAGGGGCGGGUGCAAUGUAUCAUGCCUGUAAUCCCAGCUCUUUGGGAGGCUGAGGCAGGUGGAUCAUUUGAGGUCAGAAGUUCAAGACCAGCCUGGCCAACAUAGUGAAACCCUGUCUCUACUAAAAAUACAAAACUUAGCUGGGCAUGGUGACUCAUGCCUGUAGUCCCAGCUACUCGGGAGGCUGAGGCAGGAGAAUCACUUUAACGGGGAGAUGGAGGUUGCAGUGAGCUGAGAUUGCGCCACUGCACUCCAGCCUGGGUGACAGUGAGACUCCGUCCCAAAAAAAAAAAAAAAAAGAAUAGAGUAUGGGGCUUGUUACCAUGCCCCUCCUGUCCACAAGCUUAGUCUUUGAGAAAAGAUGACUGAAAGAGAGGAACCCUCCAAGUCAUUCCUCAAACAAAUGCCAAUUUAAACAUCAUCCUUGUGAAGAAAACAGGAAGAAUGUCAUGUACUACGUGGAUCACCUUCAGUUCAAAGUUGCAGCAAAGUGAAGAAAGAAACUACUGGAAGCCACCCAGCAAUGCACUGUUUAGUCAUCAAUUAGGAGCCCAUGGGAGGAUAAUAGGGAGACUGGGUGGAGGCUCAGUUUGUAAUAAUCUCUUGUCUAAUGUAUGUGUGUCACUGCCAUGUUGUAUUAACAAUAGUGAGGGCUCACAUUUACUUAAUACUUGUGUGCUAAAAUCUGUUUUUUUUUUCUUUCCAGAACUGACUUGAUCAUAAAAUCUGUUUUGUUUGCAUGCAUGCCCAAAACAACCCUAUGAGUAGAACAUUAUCAUUAUCUGUAUUUUAGAGAUGAGGAAACAGGAUCAGAGAAGCUCAGUGAUUUGUUCAAGAUCACACAGCUAGUAAAUGGCAGAAGUAGGAUUGUGAACCCAGGGAAUCUCCAGAGCCUCUGUGUAACCAUGAUGUUAUAUUUUUUUCCUCUUUUAAAACAAAAUUAAAAGCCUUGCUAUAAUCUCUUAUUAUGAAAAGACCAUAGUUUCUGAUUGUGCUCUGCCUUCCCAUCCUGCCAAUCUUCUGGACUGGCUUGGAGAAGACAGGGGGCCCCCAAGCUUCAUCUGUGACUCAAAGGAGUUUGCUGCUGUCUCCUGUGUCAGUGUCCCAUCAGCACGGGACCCCCCUCACCUGCCUACUUACACUCUAGCCUUUCCAUACAUUGGAAUUGUCUCCUGGCCCUAGCCAGCGCUCCACACCUGUUGGUGUGCCACCUCCCUCCCUCUUCCCCCACUGGCCUUGAACAGAUAAACCCCCUACUGUUGCCACUAGGUUGGGUCCAUGACUGAGACACCUGCUAGAGGGUCUGUGCUUGGGCCUUUUCUAGGAAUCCUGAUGUUACUGGGUAAGUGCCAACUCUGUGGGCAGAAUGCUAAUGAUAAUCCUGUUCCCUAAGCUCUUUCUCUCUGAGAAGUACCCUGGCUCACUCCCCCCAAUCUCAGCUUUAUAGAACAACAUUUUGGUCUUGAUUAUUCCCAUAUUGAGCUGCCCCAAGGCUUGGGUAAGCUGUUAGUUUCCCCACUGCCUCAGGGCUGGGUCUGGCUGAGCUACUUUCUUAUGCACACAAAUAAUGGGUGUCUCCUUGGAACCUGACUUUACAUAACUAUCAGUGCUACCAAACCUUGUAAAAUAGGGAAGAAACUAAUAUUUCUUGAGUGGCUCUCUGGAGAGAUUCCCUGCCCUGAUGCCUUUGGUGUCUACUCCUUUCCCAGGACUUCAGCAUUGAGAUUUUCCCAACCCCCUCACUUUUCCUCACUUUGGGUUGAGCUGAUUCAGCACUACCACAAACCCCAGCAUCUGCAAAUCAACCAAGAUUAGUCAGUAUGCCCUUUCCAUCUUGCACUGCUCUUCCAAAACUUCCAUCUGUAUUUCUCAUACCCCCAAUAGGCAAAGCUGAGUGUGCUAGGAGAGAGCUGCAUCCACUGCUUUCUCCCAGCCAGGUGCAGUCUAAUCUGACAUGGGGAACACUAGAAGUUUAGCGGAAUCUUCAGCCACCCUAUUAAUGUGUCACACAUUAGGCGUUAUGGUGGAAACUCCUCUGACGGCUCAUGACUGUAUAAACAGGAGCAAUUUGGAAUAUAACAUGUCAGCGGUGGACUGGGAAGUGCUGUAAGAGAAAACACUACCAAGGUCAUAGGCUUGGGUCCUUGAGGCAAUCCAGCUCUGUUGCCCAUUCGUCUCAUCCAGACCGCAGGUAUCUUCCUACACCUACCUGUCCUAUAGCUUCCGUCCUGUUUUGUUUGUUUUUCUUUGUGAAUGUAGAAAAACAUUUCAUUGUGAGCCGUAGCUCCUCGGUUUUCCAUCUAACACCUACAUUCCCUUGUUUCUAACUGCUAUGUUUUUCUGGAGCCUGUUGGGGUCUUUACAGUUUGCAGGUCAUAGAAUCAGACCUGAAAAGGCUUCUCUUCAGACAUCAUUGGCUCCAGGCUCCUUUACAGAUGAGAACACAGGUCCAGAAGUGAGAAACGACUCUAGCAGGGUCAUAGAAUUUGUUAGUGCAGCUCAAGAUGGGACUUAAACUCAGGCCUCCUUAUCGCAUCCCAUUCCCAGGCUAAGAAACAGGUCUCUGCUGGGUGUGGUGGUUCAUACUUGUAAUCGCAACACUUUGGGAGGCUGAGGCAGGAGCGUUGCUUGAGCCCAGGAGUUUGAGACUUAGCGACAUAGUGGGACCCUGUCUCUACAAAAACUUAAAAAAUUAGCUAGACAUGGUGGCACACGUCUGUAGUCCCAGCUACUUGGGAACCUGAGACAGGAGGAUCGUUUGAGUGCAAGAGUUGGAGGUUACUGAGCUAUGAUCACACCACUACACUCCAGCCUGGUGACAGUGAGACCCUCAAAAAAUGCAUAAAAUAAAAAUAAGAAAAGAAAGAGGUCUCUACACAAACCCGUGAUUUUCCAUGGCAAGGGAUAACAUCGUAAAUGUUUCAUUUUCUGCUAUUAGUUUCCAUUCCUUUCCCCAUCCAGGCGAAAAAGAGAAACAAAAGACAAUGACAGUAUUUUCUGUGUCCCCAGCUUUGGCACUUUUGUUGAUGUUGCUAAGGAGCAGUGACCUUGCUAAAAAGACUGAAUAAUCCGUCCACUGAAUAGCUAACCUGGGAAGGAAAUGAAAAUUUCCUAUGUGAAUCUCCCCAAAUCCAUUGUUAUCACCAGGCCCUCCCAGAGACUCCCCAGUUCCUUCACAGUGCAACCCUGUGCACUUGGCCCUCAACCCAAUAGUAUUGUUUCUCACUUCGCCUUCCAUGGGCAACUGCCCUCCCUUCUGGACAUAAAACCUCACAUUUUAAAUAAAGUUGAAAUAUGAAAAGAAA